CGUUUGGCCCUCUCUGGGAUCCGUAGCACGUGACAGUCAGCUGACAUACCCGAAAGCGCCGAGGACGCGGACGACAACAACAAACAGAUCCUCACACAAACUUUAAUUUUCUCUCUUUUUUCGGAGUUUAACGAUGGAGUCGACCCUGGAACAACAUCUCGAUGACACCAUGAAGAAUCCGGCGGUGGUGGGAGUGCUCUGCACGGAUCAACAAGGACACAACCUGGGCUGCCGGGGGUCCUUGUCUGAUGAACACGGCGGCGUUGUGUCCGUUUUGGCCAAACAAGCUGCGGCUCUCACCAGAGACCCCACAGACAGCCCGACAGUGUGUCUGGAGUCGGAGUCAGGAAACAUCCUGGUGAGGAGUCACGGGACCAUCACAGUAGCAGUCCACAAGAUCGCUUCUUGAAGACUUCCGGAAUGUUUCAUUGCAAAGAAACAUACACGAGUAAAGACUCGCAGUCAAAGCAGUGUUUGGAGCUGUCAGGUUAUGUAUUUAAGUGCUGAAUUCUCUUUGAUUUCUUCUUUUUUUUCCUUCACAAAUGAAAGCAACAAUCUGUAUGUAAUUAAAGGUAUUUUGAUGAAAUCUUUGUUAAACCCAGUCAUGUGUGUUUGUAUCUUGUUGCGUGGUGCAGUUAAUAAAACUUUAACCUGACUUUCUGCUG